CGGUAGGUUGAGGGGACUCAGGGUCCAUAGAAAUUUGACAGCUUCACAGGUGAGACAACCGUUUAAAGGCUGUUUCACUUUACGUUUCUGUUUUCUUCCCCCCCCCGGAACUCCACUCACUGUGAGCCUGGGGUUGCCACAUUCAAAAAACAACCUUGAGAAGUCUUAUCACUCCGGCAGCAUGAGCAAAAAGAAAAAGGACUGGAAGACUGAAAAAGAACGACUCCUUCGACUAGAUCGGGAAGAGAGGCGCAAGGAGUAUCGUAAAAAUUUCACACAUCUGGACAACAUCCCGACUUGGAGAGAGGAAAAUGGAUCCAAGAACAAAGAAGAUGAUGAGAAGGUGCUCACAGGUGGAGGAGGCCCUGGUGAUAAAGUAUCUCUCUACAAGGGUGAUAUUACUGUCCUGGAAGUGGAUGCCAUAGUCAAUGCUGCAAACACCAGUCUUCUAGGAGGAGGAGGAGUUGAUGGCUGCAUACACAAAUCAGCGGGGUCGUGUCUGUAUGAUGAGUGUCACUCACUAAACGGCUGUGACACUGGCAAAGCCAAGAUCACCUGCGGCUAUGAUCUCCCUGCAAGAUAUGUGAUCCACACUGUAGGCCCAGUGGCUAGAGGUCAUGUUGGCGAGAAAGAGAUCACAGAUCUUACCUCCUGCUAUAAAAACUCCCUUGAUUUGGUGAAGGAGCAUGACUUGAGGACUGUGGCCUUCCCAUGCAUUUCCACAGGCAUCUAUGGCUAUCCCAAUGAGCCUGCAGCAGAUAUCGCUCUGAAAACAGUAAAGCAGUGGAUUGAAGAUAACCCCGAUAAGAUCACACGGGUCAUUUUUUGUGUCUUCCUUGAGACCGAUUUUGCCAUCUACAAGAAGAAAAUGGCCAUCCUCUUUGAAGACAAUGACAUUGAGGUUAUGGAGGAGCAGCCGAAGGGAGACAGCACACCUCCGUCGACAACAUCCACAACCAAGGAAGAGACUGAGGACAGCAAAAAGGGUAACAAGGAAGCUGGUGACGAAAAGGGGAAUGACGAUGAAGCAGGAAAUGAAGAUGUAGACAUGGCAAGCCAACCUACAGAUGAACCAUCAACUAAUAUGGAAUUGGAGCCAGAACAGAAUGACGAUGAACACGAAAAGCCUGAUGAAGACAAGGUAUUGGCUGCUGCUGACAAGGAAGACGACAAUAAAGAAAUGGACCCCGGCAAAGAUGAGGAUAACAAAGCAGCGCAAGUGCAACCUGCCGCAGAGGAAGAUAACGACCCAACAAAGACCUCCAUGGAGGGGGAAGGUGCAUCUGAACCCAACGCUGGCACCAGCAAUAGAGAGGACAUACAAACUAUUGAAAGCUCAGAAGAACCCGCUUCUCUGAAUAUACCUGAAGACUCAAAGCCCAAAGACUCUGCUGAGAACAACGCAUGAACUGCUCAGAGGAGAACAAUCAACCUCACCUGACAGCCAGCAAACUGUGCAAAGGCCAACCGCACUGGUGUCAGACUGGUCCAUGUCAGAAUGGGCUCUGACACUGGCCCAGGACAACCAGUUACUUCAAACAAUGCUCACGUUCCCAACUUUAAUUAGCUUCCCACCUCUUCAUUCUUCUCUGAUGUAUGUAAAUGUAUGUACAAAAUCUUGCUAUAGGACUUGAACAUAUCAACCAGAAAAGAUGAGCCAUACCUCACUGUGUGUUAGUCAUCCAUCAUUUUGCCAGCAAGGUGCGAGGAGAUGAACCAGGUUCAAGUCUUUAUCUGCUAAAAGCCACUGUGAGAGCUCGGUCAAGCUGUCAGAGGACAGCAGCCGCAGCUCCUGCAUGUUGACACUCCUGACUGAAUGAGGCUUAACAUCAACCUUUUUGUUCCUACAGUUCCAACAUGGCAAUAUACAGGUUAAUAUUCUGCAUUUAUGGGGCUUUUAGAGUGCACCACACUAACACUGUCUCAUCACACGCUGGUGCAGCGCCGAGUCAUAUCAGCCGAUAGCUCUAACCCUGACAACUCAUGUGUUAACAUCCCAGAUCAUAAACACAAACCAGGAUGUCUCUUGACAAAUUGAUUAGUUUGUUUUUUCUCUCCCUCGUUUUCUUCACCUUUUCCAGUGCAUGCCAGAAACUGCUUUGAAUUUCACAGACAUAAAGGAGAACUAGUCCUCUUCGCUUUUGCUCGUCUUUUUCCAGAUUGUUUAAAAUUGUAUGAAAGAAAUCUGCCUUAUUUCAUAUCAGACAAAAAUGGUAUCACACUUUUAGGAGGUGGGCCAAGUAUGAUUAUUUCUUGUGUUUGGCUUGCAGAUGAUUUGUAUUUUUAAUCAAAAUGGCUAUUACCUGUUGUCAAUCAUUUCUUGUUUUGUUUUCUUGGGUUGAACUUAAAAUGGUUUUACUUUCUUUUUAAUAGCUGGAUAAUGAUUCAUUGAUUUUUAUUUAUAUUUUUUUUUUUGGUGGUGCCAUACUAAAGAACAUAUGAAUUACAGUUCUAUGAAAUGAAAUGAUGAUGCCUUCAUACUUUGAUGUUUGCUUUGCUAAACUGUAACAGAAAUGACUAAUAAAGUUUAAAUUCAAA